CGGGGGAAAAACUCAAAAAAUUUCGCAAGGCAAGUGUAGUUAACUUUUUUCGAAGCCUACUGUAGGCCAGUUUUGACACGAACAUAACAAAUAAAACAUACUGAAAUAAUUUCGAGAAAAGAACUGUAAAAAGAAAUUAAAAAAAGUAUUUCGUGCUAUAGGAAGGAAUUUUUUGAGUAAAAGAGAAAAUCAAUUUGCAAUUUGUUCGAUAUGAAAGUGUUCAUUUUUGUGCAUUUAAUGAUGUGUAGUUUUUGAAAAAAAGAAAAAUAUUCAAAUCUAGCAAUAACUAUUCAAUAAUAAUAGUCAGCUGCAGUGAAAAUGCAAGACGUCUUUGAAAAAUCGUAAAAAUUCUACUAUACAUAAUUUUAUAGCGCGCAUAAUUUUCAUAAACAAAUAUUGAUUUUUUAAAGCCCUAAUUUCACAUCAAAAUUGUCGCGCGUACCGUCCGUGCCUGCGUUUGGAAAAUUGAUUUGAGUCAUCUCAGAAAAAAAAUUUGCAGAAAUGUGAGAAAAUUUCUAAAAUAAAUAGAGAAGAUUGAAGUGAUCUGGUGCUUUAAUAUUUUUUUGGCCAACGAAAUUUUUACGAAAAUAUAAAAACUACCAUUAUUUGGUUAAACAAUUUAUUAUUUUUUUAACGAAACGAGUUUCGGGGCAAUCACUCAACUGCUAGUGUAAAGGAGUAAGGGACAACGUAGCUCCCGAUUAGCAGUCUUCGAGGAAACAUUUUUGAGCUUGUUAUCAAGAAAACUUGCGAGUGGUGGUUUUAUAAAAAUAAAUGCCGCAACAUGUCCACACAUUGGAAGCAGAAUGCAUUUCUCAUAUGCUGCAUACUACUCUUCGGCCUUUUGUUGGGUUUGAUUAUUUGGUGCCAGCCCGGCAGCAGUAGCAGCAGUGGCAGUAGUAAAGGUGUUGAUCAUACCACCCGCGUACCCAUCAGCAUUAUUAAUCGAUCGGAUACGUGGACGAGUAGUACAGGCUAUCCGCCUACAGUCGAUUCGCCGAACAUCAAAACGAUAUUCAUAAAUCAUUCAUUUGUUGGCGACGAGCAAUGGACCGAGGAAGAGGAUAUUAAAGAUGAUAUUGGUGACAUCAAUAAUAGCAUUCCCGACGAUUUCAUCAGUGACUUUGUUACGCCGAGAAAGGUGCAUAAUUCCACAUUAAGCGAAGAUGAUAUGCUCUAUGAGUCGAAUCGUAAUAAAAUUAGUGAAACGAAAGAUUUAUAUUCCGCCUUCGAUGAAACGGGUACUUUUCGUAGUAAAUCUAGUCAAAUAUGGGAUCCACAUCCCCAAUAUAUAAUGACCGCUUUUGGACAUGAAUUGCAUUUGGUUUUACAUCAGGACUCAUCAUUCAUACCAAAGCAAACAUUUAGUGUAAUUCGUAUACUUAACAACAGAACCGAGGAGGAAGAAGAGGAGGAUGAGGUAAAUGGCCAUUCUCUGGGUUGCUACUACAAGGGCGAAGUGCAAGGCGACAAACAAUCGACAGUGUCGGUAUCACUCUGCAAUGGCAUGACUGGUUACAUUAAAACAAGUUUCGGCUCACUGCUCAUACAACCGGUCAAUCAGACUGGUGAUGGCGAUUCGGAGGUGUUGCACAAAGUGUGGCGUCAUUCGCGUCGCAACGCCAGACACGCAGUCGCCGAUUCGUUUACUUUGGAUUUGGAGGAGCUUGAAGAGAGUUUAUUCUCAAAAUUGCAUCGCAAAAAACGCAACUACGUCGAUCGUCAUGUAUUCACAAUGGAGGUGCUGGUGGCUGUUGAUAAAACGAUGAGUGAAUUUCAUGGUGCCGAUUUGAAAUCGUACAUACUUACAUUGAUAUCGAUUGUAUCGAAUAUAUUUGCGGAUGCCAGUAUUGGCAAUUCGAUUUAUAUAUCGGUGGCGAAUAUACUGAUUUUACGUGAUGAUCGCAAAAAAGCCACAUCGGCGUCUGCGAUGUUGAAGGAGUUUUGUACGAUUUUUUCGAAGCAGGGAUAUCAUUAUGACACAGCAAUGCUCAUUACGCGCGAUCAAAUUUGUCGCAAUGAAGGCGAGCGCUGCGACACCUUGGGUCUGGCUGAACUGGGCACUGUCUGCAAGCGUCGAUCGUGUUCCAUAGUACAGGAUAAUGGACUGCCAGCCGCAUUUACCAUUGCACACGAAUUGGGACAUGUCUUAAAUAUGCCACACGACGAUGAUGAUCUUUGUAAGCCAUUCAACAGACCGGGCACGAAAAAUAAAAUGCAUAUAAUGUCGAGUAUUAUGGGCAGCGAUAUACAUCCGUGGUCGUGGUCGGACUGCUCGCGUAAUUAUGUCUCAGAAUUUUUAGAAAAAGAAGACAAAUCUUGCCUCGAAGACACGCCCACAUUCUACAUUAAGAACUUCAACACCAAAUUGCCCGGUGAAAUUUACUCACUCAACCAUCAAUGCCAACUGAUACAUGGCAAUCAAUCGCGCUACUGUCGCAUCGACGGCGAAUGCAAGCGUCUGUGGUGUAAGAUGGAUAGCAGCAGUAGCGAUUGCCGCAGCAGCAAUCUGCCCUGGGCCGAUGGUACACCUUGCAACAACGAACGCCACUGGUGCCAGAAAGGCGAAUGUAUGCCACGUGAAGGUAAAUCCUUGCAGGUGGUGCAUGGCGGUUGGGGUCCAUGGAGCGCUUUCACGCCCUGUAGUCUUACUUGUGGCGGUGGCGUACAGGAAUCACAGCGUGAAUGCAACAAUCCACUGCCGAAGAACGGAGGCAAAUAUUGUGCUGGCAGUCGUAAGAAAUAUCGCUCCUGCAACACACACUCGUGCCCGCCAAGCACAAUGGAUUCACGCGAGCAGCAGUGCUAUGAAAUGAAUGGUAGGAAUUUCUCCAGUAAAGGUAUUGCUCGAUCGGCGAAAUGGAUACCGAAGUAUGGAUUGUCCUCGGCAGACAAAUGCAAACUGUUUUGCCGCUUAGAAGAUAAUAGCGCGUACUUUCAACUCUCGGACAAGGUGAAAGACGGCACCACAUGUUCCUUGGACAGCUUUGACAAGUGUGUCAAUGGCAUUUGCCGGCCGGCAGGUUGUGACAAUGAAUUGAACUCACUGGCAAAAUUAGAUAGAUGUGGUGUUUGUGAGGGCCGCAACGAUACCUGCCAGGAGCACACUGGAAACUUUUAUGUGUCCGAUUUGUUCAAAUCCAAGUCCGAGUCAUACUAUUAUUAUGUGACAACCAUACCAAAAGGCGCCUCUAAUAUUGUUAUCACCCAGCCCGGUUAUCAUGAUGAGAAUUACAUUGUGCUGCGCGACGACGAACGCAACUCAUUACUCAACGGCAAUACACUCAUUAGUAGCUUCCGCAAUAUAAAAUUCUAUGCAGGCGUAACCUUCGAAUAUAAUGGCGCCAAGAACAUAGUCGAGCGUGUAAAUACUACAUUCUCACGCAGACUGAAACGUGAUCUGAUUGUAGAGAUUAUUUCCAUGAGCACCAAUGCGCCGAAGGACAACGACUCGCUUCUACUCACCUACACCUACACAAUGGAUAAGCCCAUCUAUCAGAUGCCUGAUAUCGAAGUAGAGAUCUACAAUUGGGAAAUGCAACCGUGGAGCAAUUGCGAUGCGCUGUGCCACGGCAGCUCACAUCGUUUGCCGGUUUGUGUGAGCACCACCAAAGCAUUAAAAGUGGCGCCACAAUUUUGCGACGAAAUAGCUAAACCGCCUACCGAAUAUCGGCAAUGCAACACCGAUUGUGUGCUCUCCUUGAAUGUGGCGAACAUUUCUGAGUGCUCGGCCUCGUGUGGCAUGUUGGGCACACGCGAAAAAACCUACUACUGCAUACAAACUUUUCCACAUAUCAGCCGCUCGAAUAUUGUGGACUUGUCCUAUUGUCUGUCAAAGUUCGAGUUUAGUCCGCAUGAGCCAUGUCGUGAGGGCUGUUGGGAUUACACCGAAUGGUCGCCGUGCUCGAAAUCUUGUGGAACUGGCACACAAACACGUGGCGUAGCUUGCAUGCUGAAUGGCACCCGUGUGAGUGAUAACUUCUGCGAUCAGCGCAAGCGCGACUCCUUCCGCGAUACAAUAAGAGCAUGUAAACCCGAACCAUGUUACUCGUACGAAGAUAAUUUGGCCACACCGCGCUCAUUUGCCAACUACUGGGUCGCUGACGAAUGGGGUGAGUGCAAUGAUAACUGUGAGAAGAAUCGUACAGUAACGUGUCGCAAUCCACUCGGCUAUGGCUGUCCCAUGGAUCGACGUCCGCUAUCGAAGCGAAAAUGUUGCAACAUCAAAUAUGUAUCCAAUUGGUCGAAUUGUUCUGUGGAGUGCGGUAAUGGCGUGCGUCGCAAGGAGAUCCACUGCGCGCGCGUCUACAAGCCGGAGAUCAAAGGUACGCCGCGUCGACGUGUCAUCAUAGAUCCAUACCACUGCCGCCAUCUGCGCAUGCCCACACCAAAACGCAUGCAAAAACCCUGUAAGGUCAGCUGCAAGUGGUCCACCUCCGAUUGGACACAAUGUCCGGCUGACUGUCAUGAGGAGUAUCAAUCACGUUCGGUGUAUUGUGAAUCUGUAUUGGGCAAUCCGAUUGCAUAUCGCUACUGUGAUGCGACGAGGAAGCCACCAUCGAAAAAGAUUUGCAACAAUUGUGUGCGAAAGGAGUCGAAGAUAAUUACUUCGUGCAACUGCGAUGGUUUCAGACGUCGUCGUAUCAUUUGUCACGAUUCAACGGAUCGUCGUAUUGUGUGUCCCACAAAGGAACGUUUAAUCAAAGAAAAAUGCCCACCACCACGUGAAUGUAUGCCGCAGUCAUGCGAAGACUUACGGCGUCUACAUCAUUACUAUCAGGAUCGUGAGUACACGAUUUAUGUGCGUUCGCGCUCGCGUAAAGUCUACUGUCAUAAUAUGAGCGGCUCGCCGAAAGAGUAUAUAACUGUUAAUCAGGUUGAGAACUAUUCCAUCUAUUAUGACUACAAAACAACAGACCCAGACAGAUGUCCGCCGGAGUCGAGACUGCAUGAAUUCCGUGAUAACAGCACAAGUUCGGGUCGUACGCAUUUCCGUAAGAUACGUAUCAGUCUGCCGGACUUGCGUGUCAUCGAGAAUGACUUUACAUUCGCAGAAACAAUGGGCACCCCACAACUGUAUGGAUCGGCGGGUGAUUGCUAUAAUCGCAAUAAAGAAUGCCCACAAGGUGAUUUCUCUAUCAAUUUGGAAAAUACCGGUUUUCGCAUAAGAGCCGGUGCGCGUUGGGAUACUUUUGGCAAUAGUGUGAUAAUGAAGGUCUCUAAGCCGUUCGACACCUCUACUGCCUCGCGUCGCGCCUUCUGUGGUGGCUAUUGUGGACGUUGCCAAGUCUCACAUACCGGUUUGUACCUGGAUGUUUGAUCGCACACCGGCUAACGCAACCUAAGUGUGGAUACAAAUUUUUGUUGGGCUCACAAAACCGUUCGGUAAGUGGUCUUGACACAACCAGGAUAGGCUUGGCGGGCUGGCAGAUGGGUGCGUUAAAAGCAAUGGGCGUGGCGUGAAUUUUAUGUGCCAUACAGUGACCUGACGACGGCAUUGUCCACCCAUAAGACAACAACAACUAAGAAGCAAGAGCGAGAAAACCAGCAUAACAAAAAUCACAAAAUAAAAAAAAACUAAAAAUUUAUAAAUUUCAAAAUUUUAAAAUUUUAAAAUCACAAAAUAAUUAUGUAUAUCAAAAUGAUUGACGCAAGUAAAUUACUUAAUUAACGAAACUAACAACAACAGCAACAAUAAACGAAUAGACGAACGUGGUUUGGAAGCGAAAAAGCCUAACGCCUAAAAGUGCAUUCGCGCGUUUAAAAUGGUGAAUUGUAAGGCAUUGUUGGAGCAACCGAUACAACAAACUGCCAACAACAAGCAGAAAACAACAAUAGCAAUAAAUACAGUAAAAUAGUACUAACAAAAAACACUGCUGCAGGUACGUAUGACCAAUGUGUUCGCAAACUCUACACAAACUCGUUGAAACUCAAAGUGAAAGAGUACAGAAUUUCGCUAAAAAUUAUUUACCGUUAGCUAAGCAUACAGUUGAAUUGUCUCAACUUCUUCUUUAGUAUAUGAUUGUAUGUAUGUACGUGUGUAUAAUUUUAAGUUGUGUACUGUAUUUUUGUACAAAAUUAAAAUUGAGCAAAUGUAUAAACCGUUGGGAAAAAGUAUUAAUUCAAGGAAAAAUAGCAACAAAUUUUAUAGAAACACCCACAAGCGAUAUAUGUAUGUAAACGUGUAGGUAUAUUAAUAUAACAUAAAUUUUAUUAUUUUCAUAGAAACAAAAAUCUACGAGUAUGAGUUGGAAAAUUUGUAAAAGAAACAAGAAUUUACUGUUGUACGAAAAUAACCUUUAUAAAAAAUUUAGCAUAGUUAAACUAUCAACCGAAUGUAAAUAUGUCUACAUACUUAUGAAUAGGUGCAUAUAUUGUCUAUUUAAUAUAUGUCUGAUAGGUUUUUAAACAAUGAUGAGUGAACGACGAUAGAGUAUUUACUUAGAAUAUGGAAUAGAAAAAGUUUCAAAGCCCUAUGUGUGAGUGCAACACAAUUUUUAACAAUUCCAUGAGGAAUUCAUUAGCACUGGCUAUAAAAUUAGAAUGAUUUGUGAAAAAGGUGAAUUAGAAACCAUUUGACCUAUAAACGAAGAGAAUUUACACGCUUGUGUUAAAGACAAAAAGUAUACAUUGCAAUAGUGCAGGCGAAUAUUCUUCUAUUCCAAAAUCAAUUGCAAAUCCUCGGUCUCAUAAGGAUCUUUAUACCUAAUUUGUUAUAAAUUUAUUUAAAGAACUCUUAAUUUGGUUUAACAAAACACAAAAAAUUGCUACAGUAAAACAAAAAACUAUAUAAAAAUGUUCCAAAAUCCAAAGAGUUCUGUAAAAUUUAAAAUUUCUGAAAUUUCGAAAACUGUUUCAUUACAGCUUUAAA